AAUUUCCCAGUACAGGGGUUUAUCCUCUCCCCCUCCCCCGAUUCCCCAAAUCGAUAAAAUUUCUCGGGAUCCUCCGUAUCCACUCUCGUAUAUUCAUCGCCGAUGUGAAAUCGGGCAACGGAUUCGCACAUUCUCCGGCUAGAAUCGGCGGGAAUCGGUCCGAGAGAGAUGGAGGAAGCGGGCAGAAAAGUGAAUGUUAGCAAGAAGAAGAUGGUGAGGCAGCUGACGGGGAAGCACGGGGACAGCGAGCUCCACUCCGCCGCGAGGGCCGGGAAUCUCGGGGAGGCGGUUGCGAUAAUCGGGCGGUGUGCGGGUGAGGGAGAGNUCGGGAUCCUCCGUAUCCACUCUCGUAUAUUCAUCGCCGAUGUGAAAUCGGGCAACGGAUUCGCACAUUCUCCGGCUAGAAUCGGCGGGAAUCGGUCCGAGAGAGAUGGAGGAAGCGGGCAGAAAAGUGAAUGUUAGCAAGAAGAAGAUGGUGAGGCAGCUGACGGGGAAGCACGGGGACAGCGAGCUCCACUCCGCCGCGAGGGCCGGGAAUCUCGGGGAGGCGGUUGCGAUAAUCGGGCGGUGUGCGGGUGAGGGAGAGCUGGACGAGCUUCUGUCCAGGCAAAACCAGUCCGGAGAGACGGCGCUUUACAUUGCGGCGGAGUAUGGGUAUGUGGAGCUGGUUGAGGAGAUGGUGAAGCACUAUGUUCUUCGAUCUGCCGCCCUCAAAUCCAGAAAUGGAUUCGAUUCCUUUCACGUUGCUGCCAAACGAGGAGAUAUCGAAAUAGUGAGGGUUCUUCUGGAGGCAUUCCCUCAACUGUCCGUGACAUUUGACCAAUCAAACACCACAGCAUUGCACACUGCUGCUGCACAGGGCCAUGCCGAAGUUGUCAAUUUUCUGUUGGAGACAAACAGUGGCCUAGCCACCAUAGCCAGAAACAAUGGGAAAACAGCACUGCACUCUUCAGCAAGAAACGGGCACGUUGAAGUGGUGAAAGGUCUUCUGAAGAAAGACCCCAGCAUUGCGAAGUGUCGCGACAGAAAGGGACAGACGGCUCUUCACAUGGCUGCCAAAGGGCUGAGUGUUGUAGUGGUUGAUGAGCUUCUUCUGGCGGAGCCUUCUCUGACUACAAUGGUUGAUGGAAAGGGAAACACCGCAAUGCAUAUUGCAGCUCGGAAGGGACGUGUGGAGAUUGUCAGGACCCUGCUAAAGCACAAUGGAGUGAAUGGAGAGGCCAUAAACGGAUCCGGCGAGACGCCUCUUGACACAGCCGAGAAGAAUGGGCACUCUGAGAUAGCAACUUUACUAAGCGACCACUCAUUCCGGAGAGCAAAGGAUCUUAACGUAGCGGCACAACCGAAACGCUCGGCCAAGGAACUGAAGCAAACGGUGAGCGACAUAAAGCACGGCGUCCGCGACCAGCUUGUCCACACGCACCAAACCCAAAAGCGCGUGCAAAAGAUAGUCAAACGUAUCGACAAAAUGCACAGUGAAGGGCUCAACAACGCAAUAAACUCCACCACGGUGGCCGCGGUCCUCAUAGCGACCGUGGCUUUCGCAGCCAUAUACAAUCUCCCGGGGCAGUUUGCGGACGACCCGAAGCGGGACCUGCCCUCGCUCACCCCGGGAGAGGCAAGAAUCGCCCCACAACCCCCGUUCGUGAUCUUCUUCAUAUUCGACUCCCUCGCGCUCUUCAUAUCACUGGCGGUGGUGGUGGUCCAGAUAUCGGUGGUGGUGGUGGAGAGGAGCGCGAAGAAGAUGUUGAUGACAAUCAUCAACAAGCUAAUGUGGUUGGCGUGCGCGUUCGUGUCCAUUGCUUUCCUUGCUUUGUGCUACAUUGUGGUUGGGGAAGAAGAGAGGUGGAUGGCGAUCGGGGUCACGGCGAUGGGAUCGUUUAUAAUGGUGGCAACGUUUGGGACACUGUUUUACUGGGUGGUCGUGCACCGGAUCGAGUCCACAAACAUGAGGAAUCUGAGCAGAUCCAGGAGUAGCUUGUCUCGGUCGCGGUCGAUGUCGGUCAUGUCGGAUGAAGAUGGUCAUGAGGAUGAGUUCAACAAGAAACUCUAUGCCAUUUGAUGGGUUUUGUUUAGGAUGGAGUGGCUCUUUCUCUAACUGCUGAUUCCAAAAAGAGAGUAUAUUUUUUGUAAAUACUUUGAUGAGAGUACAGUACUACUGAAAUUCCACUGAAAUUUGUACACCUGAUGAGUACAGUACUACUGGUUGAUCAUUU